AUGGUAUAUCCCUUUGAACUGCCGACCACCUCACACCUCUCCUUCCAUGCCCACAUCUCCUCGCAUACCCACCCAUCCCUCCCCCAAUCCGCCCCACACCCGACUACCCCGCGGCCCCAGCGCGACGCCCAUCUAACCUCCGUGCUCUCCGCACUCAACGACUACCUCCCUUACCUGGUCGCAAUCGCCCAAGGGCUAAACAUAAACAGCCAGCCACCCAUCGAACCCCCCCCGGCACCCGGAGCCCAAAUCACCGCUAUCCAAUGCACAGACCUCGAGCCCGAAUGGCGCGCGUCCUUGGCCUCCUCCAGCUCGCUCCAUCUCAAGUCCCGCCCAACAGCCUCAUCCGGCCGCACACGCGGGCCCGGCAUCCCAUAUGAACUCGCCUUCACCCUCACCACCCUGGGCUACGUGGUGUCCGGUCUCGCCCGCGCCGCAGUGACACGAACCCUGUACGCCGCGUGCACCCCGACGCCCGAGCAACGCAGCGCAGCCGUGCAAUCGGCAACAAAGCACCUGCUCCAGGCGAGUGCCGUGCACGCGCUGCUCGCGUCGUCGUCGUCGUCGUCAUCGUCGUAUUUCACGGCCCAGCUAGCGCAGACUCCGCGUCUACCACCGGACCUGGCGCCCGCGACCCAGGCGGCUCUUUCGUCGCUCGCGCUGGCUGAGGCCACGCUGCUCGCUGUCCUGAAGGAUGACUCGUACAUGGCGGCUUGUAUCCAGGCGCGCAACCCGAAUGAUAGGGAGUGGAUGGUCAAAGCGCCGGAGAUCCCCAAGGUGCGGGCGCAUCUCUUCGCGAGGCUUUGUAUCCGUGCGGCCGAGUACGCUGAGCAGGCUGCGACGGGGCUGGGGUCUGUCGGUGCGGAUGGCAAGGGAGCAGCAGCGGUUGAGGAGGAUUUGGUGAGGUAUGCGCGUGUUCUGGGGCUGGUUGCGCGCGCGAGGGCCUGUCGCUUUUUUGGAGUGGAUGCUGAGUUGGCCGGGAAGAUUGGGGAGGCGAUUGCGUGGUUGCGGGCUGCGAAGGGGGUGUUGGGGUUGAGGGGGGCUGUUGCUGUUGCUGUUGCUGUUGCUGCUGCUGCUGCUGCAGGAGGAGGAGGAGGGCCGAAGGAGUCUGCGACCAAGAGUCGUGGCGGGUUGUCAAAGUUGAAACAGGGGUGGAUGGAGAGACGCGAGGACCGGCGCAUGGAAAAGGAUGCGGGCGGCGGUCGUGAACGUUCUGAGAGGGGAGAGUUUGGUCCUGGGGAUAAUGCUGGUCGAGAGGAGGAGGGUCGCGUGCUGGAGAUGUUGGAGACCAAGUGGGUGCGCAUGAAUGACACUAUCAAUACGCAAUUGAUUCCAUCCUCGACGGAUUUACUGGCCAGUCUGCCGUCAGGACGGGACAUCCACUCUCCGCCGCCUCCGUAUAAGCUCCCUGCUCUGGACGAGGAGCAUCUCGUUCAGAUGCGAGCUCCGCCCACAGAACCGGAGUUACACGGUGGAAGUGAUCUUGAAGAGAGCGACGGGGAGUGCGUGCCUGGUGGAAGAGACACGCGGGGGGCAGUUCCCGAGCGAACUGACAGUGCUUAUUAUUGAUACCCUGAUAUGUGCAUAUUUUUUUUUUCCGAUACAGAUAAUGACUGCACCACAUCUACAUGCUAUAUAUAUGUGGCUUGGAACAUAACUCAUUAGAUAAUUAUUCCCUGAUAUACUCAUUCGGUAGAUACCAACCAAGCCAGCAGUAAUCCAAAGAAGAUAAAGGAGGCGGGGGGGGGAAGAGAAGAAAUCGUAGUACAUUGAUUCACAAGCUAAAAACACAAUGCAUAAAU